GAAAGAUGUAUCUUAGGACGUUUCCAUCAUUUUUAUGUUUGCAAUGAGGGCGUGUGAUGGGAAUAAUGUGGAUGUUCGCACCGGAAUACGGGCCUUUAUUUUGAGAGAAAUGCGGAGUGUUUUGCGCUUGAGGUGUUAACGCAGAAAAAAAUAUACAAAAAUGAAGAAGCAAUUCAAUCGGAUGCGACAGCUCGCCAACCAGACUGUUGGCAGGGCAGAAAAAACAGAGGUACUCAGUGAAGACCUUCUGCAGGUGGAGAAGCGUCUGGACCUGGUGAAGCAGGUUUCUCACGGCACACAUAAAAAGCUGACCGCCUGUCUACAGGGACAACAAGGCACCGAUGUAGAAAAGAGAUCAGUCAAAUCACCCUCUAAAAAGCUGCCCCUGACAACACUUGCUCAGUGUAUGGUGGAGGGAGCUGCUGUGUUAGGAGAUGAUUCUCUUCUCGGUAAGAUGCUGAAUCUCUGUGGAGAUACAGAGGAGAAGUUGGCCCAAGAGCUGCUUGUCUUUGAGUUUCAGAUUGAAAGAGAUGUGGUUGAGCCUCUAUAUGUGCUGGCUGAGGUGGAAAUUCCAAACAUUCAGAAACAGAGAAAACAUUUAGCCAAACUUGUCCUGGAUAUGGAUUCUGCUAGAACACGGUGGCAACAAUCAUCCAAGUCUUCGAGUCACCCCAGUAAUGUGCAGCAGUGCGGAGCCAAGUCUGAUUCCCUGAGAGAGGAGAUGGAGGAGACGGCCAAUCGGAUGGAGAUCUGCAGGGACCAGUUAUCAGCUGACAUGUACAACUUUGUGGCCAAAGAAAUAGACUAUGCAAACUACUUUCAAAUGCUCAUAGAGGUUCAGGCGGAGUACCACCGGAAGUCUCUGGAGAUUCUGCAGAGUGUGCUGCCACAGAUCAAAGCUCACCAAGAGGCCUGGAUAGAGAAGCCGUCAUAUGGAAAGCCUUUAGAGGAACAUCUGGCCAUCAGUGGCAGGGAGAUCGCCUUCCCCAUCGAGGCGUGCGUCACCAUGCUGCUAGAAUGUGGCAUGGAGGAAGAGGGUUUAUUCCGAGUGGCCCCUUCGGCCUCGAAGCUGAAGAAGCUGAAAGCAUCGCUGGACUGCGGGGUUCUUGAUGUGCAGGAAUACUCAGCCGACCCGCAUGCCAUCGCAGGGGCAUUGAAGUCUUAUCUUCGUGAACUUCCCGAACCUCUAAUGACCUUUGAACUCUAUGAUGAGUGGAUUCAGGCCUCAAAUAUUCAAGAUACAGAUAAAAGGCUCCAAAACCUGAUGUCUACAUGUGAGAAACUACCUGCAGACAAUUUGAACAACUUCAGAUAUUUAAUCAAAUUCUUAGCCAAACUCACAGAGCAUCAGGACGCAAAUAAAAUGACACCAGGUAAUAUUGCAAUAGUUCUCGGACCCAACCUGCUGUGGACACAUUCAGAGGGGAACAUAACAGAAAUGAUGACCACUGUAUCCCUGCAAAUUGUUGGCAUCGUUGAGCCGAUAAUUCAACAUGCUGACUGGUUCUUCCCUGGAGAUAUUGAGUUCAACCUGACAGGGAGCUACGGAAGCCCUGUGCACACCAACCACAACUCCAACUACAGCUCCAUGCCCUCUCCAGACAUGGACCAAUCAGAUCGCAAGCAGCAGCAUGACCAGGGCCGACGCCCACUCAGCGUUGCUACUGACAACAUGAUGCUGGAAUUCUACAAGAAGGAUGGCAGCAUUAGGAAAAUCCAAAGUGUGGGUGUCAGAGUGAUGGACACAUCUUGGGUGAAGGGCAAGGGUUCCUCUACACUGACACGUAAAGCCUCGUCCACUCCGCCCGGCUCUCCUGCUGACACCCUGAUCACAGAGCAGCCCGGCGAGUUUGCAACAUCUCCAACCCCCACACCCCCUCCUGCAGACAGGGGCAGCUCAGAUGAUGUGUCGCCCAAUCGGCCGGAUUCCUCACAUGUCUAUGCGUCGCACGUGGAGGAGCGGCCACCCCCUCCUUACCCAUCCUCUUCCUCUCACUCCGCCCCUCACCACUUCUACCCCAAACCCCCUCCCUGUGCUCGGCCUGUGGCCCCUGGCCCCGAAUCACAGCCUCCCAGCUCCCCACCUCCGCCCCUACGCUGGACCGGCUUCAACCCCCCCCAGCCCCUGCCACCCCCUUCCUCCUCUUCCUCUUCCUCCUCUUCCUCACUCGAUAUCAACUCCAACCCUAAACCGAGCUGCCUGCACUUCCCCAAACACGGCCCCAUGUGUGAUGCGCCGCAUGCCGCUCUGUCCGACACCAACGCCUCUCCCCUCUACGUUAAAACUCCUCUUGUGCUGACCCGUCACGACAUGUGCCUAGGAAACCCCCCUAGCCUACCCUCCUCUGCCCCUCCGCCGUGGGCUGCCUGUCCAUGUGCCCGCGAGAGAGGACCCCCCAGGCUGACUAGCACUCUGAAGAGCAAGGAGCUCUCUCCUGUGAUUGGCCACAAGUCUGUGCAGCCGUCAGGAGCAACAGUGCCCCCUGUCAGCGGUCAGCAGAGCAACAGCCAGUCUCCACACUCGGCAGAGCACAGCCCCCACACCAUACACAAAGCCUCUAAGAAACUAGCCCCUGUGCCACCUAAGGUUCCCUACGGCCAGUCGGGGGGGAUGUCAGACCAAUCCACAGGUCAGCCGUCUCCGGUCAGCCUGUCCCCUACUCCCCCAAGUACCCCUUCACCUUACGGUCUGGGCUGUCCCCCUGGACAUGCGCCCGCCUCUUCCCCUGGCCAGAUCCCAUUAGGGGGACCCCAUUCAUUGUCCUCUCCGCCCUCUCUUACUGGUACACUCACAAAAUCCCGGCCUACCCCAAAGCCCAGACAGAGACCCAGUUUGCCCCCUCCCCAGCCGCCCACUGUCCCCCCUACGGCCCCCCAACCCCUGGAGCAGGGUCUACUUGACGGAUUGUCCCCCGGGGAGAGCAUGUCCACAGCAGAUCUCUUCAGUUUGGAAAUCCCCUCUAUCAAUGUCAAUCUAGACAGCCUGCUGGACGAGUUCAGGGUGGUCCCAUGUCACUUUUCCACGCUCAGCUCUCCGGACGGGGACUCCGUGUCUGAGGAGGAAGGCCAGAGCACCACGCUUUGAGCCCUGAGCCUACCCAUCAGCUUGACAGCGUCGCCCGGAGCUCACCUAAUCCUGCUGAGGCCUGCCUGGAACCCCACCCAGCCCAAACCCUGGAUUCCCACCUCUUCUGGUCACCGGCACCACAGGAGAGAUGAUACAUGAUGCCAACCACACAAAAGGUGCCAUAAUAAAAGCAACAGAAUGGUUUUCGUUCAAAUUGCCAGCGGAGGAACCUGGAGUUUUGUCUUACAAUUCCUGUUUCUCUUUGAACGAUUCUGUCUGUUUUGUUUCGUUGUUGUGUUUAUUUUAUGGUGGUGUUUUUAUUUAUGCCUUAUCGGAGCUGCGAUUACAGUACAAUGCACAUAGGAAGCAGUUUUCUGACUUUAAAGGAACCUCAUACACUUUCUUGUGCUGGAGGCGUGGAACUAAGACCCACCCUAAUGGUACAGAGUGGGACUUCUAUGUUUUCCCUACAGGGUCCAAGGAGAUGUCAUGCCAUACUCUUUGUAGAUGACUUGGUGCCAUAUAGAAUGCAGGUUUAUUAAGUCUAAUUUUGCAAUGCUGAGGUCGAUAUAUUUGUCCUCUCUUACCUACACUUGACAGUACAUCCAAUUUUUUGAUUAAUAGUUACAUUGAUGUGCAUUUAUCUGUGUUAGUGCACUAAUGAAAUGGUGGGCAGAAUCUACACCCCUGGUCUAAAGUCAGCAUAUUUGAUUUCAGAGCUUCAGCAAAGGACUUUUUAUUUUACUGGUUCUUUUGUGUCAUUUUGAGGCUUUUCAGCAUCUGUCUCCAUUCACUUUCAGAAAAACAUAAGGGUAAGUGAAGACAGAAUUUUUGUUUUCGGGUCAACUGAUCCUUUAAAGAUGUACUCAGUCAUUUUUUUUAAGUAUGUGAAAGUAUGGCUAACACUGACACCUAGUGGCCUGGAUGCUGCAUCAUUCAAACACAGUGUUUAUCAGUUACCAAUGCCAUUGUAGAAAUUCACAAUGCACAGUAAAACAGGAUUCAUUUAAGCUAUGAAUGAAAGUAUCCAAUAACAGGGCAGUUACUGAGAUUAAGCGAGUAGUAGUCAGCUGGUCGUGUGAUUAUAAUAUGGCCGCCCUCAUGAGGGGACCCUCUCCAAGGGAAAUAAAAGAGCUUUUAUAAGGUUACUGAUUUGACUGAACUCUUCAUCUCACAUGAGUGGUCAUGAUUUUAUACAUAUGUUUCAAAAUUACUAUAAUUUUUUUUAGAAGUAAAUUACUGAGUGCACCUUUAAAAAGCCAAUCAAAUUAAUGCAGUCCCUGAAGUCAAAGGUAGGCCAGUGGUGGGAAACCCAGGGUUCCUAUGAUCAUUGAAAACGUUGAAAUAUUUCCAGGGCUGGAAAAGUCAUGGACAUUUCUUUAAUGAACAUAAAUAUUUCUUGUUAUGUUCAAUUUAGACAUAUUCCGUCAACUAGAAAUUACAACGUAAUCACAAACAAAAAUAUUUUGUGGACUAUUCAUGAGGAAACCUGGAAUAUUCACUCUUUACUCGUUAGUAAGCAUGUGCUAAAAAUAGGUCAGACCAUAAUAAAAAACAACUUUUUCAUCAUGACUUUUGCCAGCAGUGGUUGCACUCUAAAUGCACUGCCUUGGAAUUUCUGUUGUUUUUCUGCACACCCUCAUGCCCUCCAAAGUGCUUGAAGUGCUGUGCCACACAAUCCCUUAUGUAUAUACCUAGACUGUAUAUAAAGAUGUGUAGAUAAGUGUCAAUGAGAGGACAAAUGUAAAGGCAAAUAUGAAUUAUAUAUUCAGAAAAGUGACAUGCCAUAUUUAUCUUGUAUAGAGAUGGUGUCCUAAGUAUUAUUUUGUCCCUUAAGACUUUUUGUCAGGUUCACAUAGCAAGUGAGUUUUUGCACUUUUGUAAGCCAUUAACUAUGUGUAGAAAUAUGAAUGCAGAUGUGUCAAAAAUGUAGGUAGAGUUAUUCCAGAGAGUGAUAUUAUCCCUAAACCGACCUUUAUCAAUAACAGCCUUAAUUUAAAGCAUAAGUCAAAAACACAAUCUUUAUAAAUACAUAUUAUUAUCAUAAAAAAUAUAUUUCAAAUUCAACAGAUUAUAUCAAUUGUAUAAAACUUGUUCAAACUUAGUAUUGUAUAGCAACUAAAGGAUUGCAUAAAUAUAACUUACCAUGCAAAUACAGUAGUUGCCAGAAAUGUUUUGACCCUGAAAUGAAUGUUCCCGGUUCAAUACAAGUUAAGCUCAUUUGUUGCAUAAUAUUGAUUAUCUCAAAAGUUUAUUUGGACUCUUUCCUCAUUUUCUUUAAAAAAAGAAAAACAUCUGGGUUCCAGUGAGUCACUUACAAUGGAAGUCAAUGGGGUCAAAUCUGUAAAUGUUAAAAUACUCUAUUUUUCAAAAGUAGAACCACAAGACAUAAACAAUAUGCAUGUUAACAUUGUUUUAGUGUGAUAAAAUCACUUACUAACCUUUUCUGUGUAAAGAUAUAACCAAAUUUAAAACUUUGUUGCCAUGACGAUAUAAUGUCAACAAACCGACAACUUUAUAGAAGAGCUUUUAUAAAAUUACAAGCUUCACAUUUCACCUUCCUAAAGUUUGCCGCAUUCACUUCCAUUGUAAGUGUCUCACUGUAAUCUCGAUUUUUGCUUUUUUAAAAGAAAAGGUGGGAUGAGACGAAAAGUCGAAAUUAUUUUUUGUGGUAAUCAAGAUUAUGCCACUAAUGCUGUCGAUUGACCUUAACUUUUUCUGAUCCCAGAAUAUUCCUUUAAGAAGCACUUUAAAAUGUCUGAAUUUCAUUGCAUUAGACUGACAAAAUAUCAAACCAAGUGGCAUCAGCAAACAAACGAUUUUAUACCUUUUCACCGACCUUUUAUCGAUUGUUUUAUCAUUGAAAACCUAACAAACUUAUUUGUGUUAAAUGUUUUACUUGGAAAGUGUGCUUCUGGUAUGUUUCUUUAAAAUAAAUGCUGCUUGGUUCGAUAUUGUUUUCAAAUGCCAUGUUCCUAAAAUACUUUUUGGGGCCACUGUAUAGUGUAUCUCCCCAUAAAAUCAAUGGAAAGAUAUAGAUUUAUAACUGAAAACCUGUUUUCAAAUUUCAUCUCAAAGAUUUAGGCCCUAAAAAGCCUUUGGAUGGCACAAGUCUGGAUAUCUAUUUCAGUUGACAACACUAUGGGACUAAUCUGCCCUGCAAAGGCAAAACACAGUAACUACACAUUUUUGUCCAAAUUUAGUUAUGCCGAAAUCUGACCUCUUUGACUGUGAUCUGUCAUGAAACAAAUGCAUUUGACUCAACUAUGCGCAGGCUGACAGAUUCAGCAAGAAAAAAAAAUUGCCGUAACUACAAAUUUAACCCUAAAAACGACGUUUAACCCACGUUAUUUUGAAGCAUUUUGUCUCGGUUUCAGUGUUGGUGUAGUAACUGUGUUUUGCCUUUGUAGGGCAGUACGGGAUGCUGCAAUUUCUCAUGUCUGAACUUGCACAAAACCUGCAGGACUUUAUUAAGUUCAGACCAGCUGCAACAUUUGUUCACUUCUGUUCUGAACUUGUGGAAGGAGUGAACGCUACAUGUUUGUUUGAAUACAAGGAACUCUUCUUCCAACAUUGGAAUAGCCAUGGCUUACUUACUCUUUUUCUCUCUUUGAAUAAGCAUUAGUGUACGUCAGGGACAAGAUGACUUUUUCUGCUGAAUUCUGUGAUAUGCCUCAGUGUGUGUUCUUUGAUGAAAUAUAGUCUAAUGAUUAUUGGUGACAGAGUACUAGUUGUAGUGAUUACACAAUGAUAAUUGCAAGUGCCCUCACAUUCAGUAUUUAUAACCCGACGCUAACGGCGAGUUUUGUGCGUACUUGAGGUUGUGUCCGUGCCAGUUUCCUCAGUGUUCUGUGAGGAGGCAGUCGUGUCUGUUGGAGUGUGCUGAUUGAAUGUGAUUUAGCAUUUACUCUCAUGUGCACCAGGGUAAACACCUCUUGAUACCUUAUAGCAACUGCAAUGGACGCAUGGUUUAUUUUCUUUGUUAAGGUGACACUUUCUGUUAGCAGUCAUAAUGAAUGCUUAUGUAAUUGUAAUGAAGGCAUGGGGUGGGUUUUAUACAGUAUGUACAUGCAUUCUCAUUCUCAUUCUCAUUCCAGUUCAGUACUACAUCUGUUAUCACAUGCUUUUGUGAUAAGGUGAAUAGGUACACAGUAUACUGUACACAUGAUCCUCAUUUUUUUUCAUUUGUAAGUUAAGCCAGUCUUUUAAUGUUAUUAUUAUAAAGAUAUCAUCAGAUUUAAUUCUUGAAUUAUUGGUCACAAUACAUUUAUAUGAAGUAAAAGAAUGGAUGGAUGUAAUAGCCAUGAAAUUGCUUAAACAGUACAGAAUUUGACCUGUUCAGUUGGCACACACAGUAUUUACAUGGGUGAAUUUCACAAUGUCUUUCAAAAAACUCAAUCAAAAGCAUUUGUGGCAUAAUGAUGAUUACCACAAUAAUUAAUUUAGACUUUUAGUCCCUCCUUUACUUAAAAAAAAUAAAAAGAAGCAAAAAUUGAGGUUACAGUGAGGCACUUACAAUGGAAGUGAAUGGGGCCCAUUUUUGGAGGGUUUAAAGGGGAAGCAUGAAGCUUAUAAUUUUAUAAAAGCACUUUAAAUUCUUCUGUUAAAAUGUGUGUAUCAUUUGGAGCUGUAAAGUUGUUUAUAUCAUCGUUUUGUAAAAUGUUUACAUUUUACUUUACACAGAAAAGGUUAGAAAGCAAUUGCAUUGCACUAAUAUCAUGUUAACAUACAUAUAGUUUACGUCUUGUGGCAAUACUUUUGAAGUGGUGAGUAUUUUAAUGUUUAUGGAUUGGCCCUCAUUCACUUCCAUUGUAAGUAACCCUAUAUUUUUUAUAUUUUAAAGAAAAGGAGGGACGAGUCACAUUUCAUUUUUGUUGUAAUCAACAUUAUGCCACAAAUGCAGCCAAUUUAAGUUUUUUUUAAACCCAGAAUAUUCCUUUAAAGAAAAUGAAGCCUAUAUAUAGGACCAUUUUUGCAUUGUGAAAUUAAUUUAAUAACAAUUAAGUAUAUUUUGCCCCAAUCUCAUUACUGUAAUGUCCCCAAAAAAAAAAAACAAUACUUAAUUUGUUGUACUGCCAUUAUUUUAUUUACUCUUUUCUUUAUUUCGUCUUUAUUUUGUUGGUGUUUUUUUGUUUUGUUUUCCUUUUUUGGUGUGUGUGUGUGUGGGGUGGAGUUGAGAUGUGAUCUAAACAUUUUUAUUUUAGGCUCACCCAUGCUUUUUUUUUUUUUUUUGCGUUUUCUGCGCUGAUUGGUGUUAAAUCUUACAUGUACAUUUCUAUGGCAAAAUGGGUUAAACAGACUCUUAUUUAUUAAAUAUAUUUAUUAAAUCACCAUGUAAGAAGCAGGAGAACUGCAGAACUUUGUGAUUGAUGAAAUUCUGUGUAAAUUUGCAGAGAUUUGUACAGGCCUACAGAUUUGAUUAGAAAACAUCUCUCUUUUUAAAACGAUCAGUUUUGAAUCCAGGAAAAUGAUAUGAUAGGUCAUCCAAUGCAUUUAUUAUGAAGAAAAUGUGGAUUCAUGUAUUAAUUUAUUGGUAACUUUUCAACAUGAAAUGAAAUGCUCAGAAGAGAAUGGAUAAAAAAAAAACAGAUCGUGAAUCUUUUUUUAACAAUAGUAACAGAGACAAAUUGAAAUGAUGAUUUCAAACACAUCUAUUUCUCAAUAGUCUUGACAGGUGGAUAUUGUCCCUUUACAUCAUCCUGUGAAGAUCAGAAAGCAGUUGAGACAUAACAUAGAAUGUAUUUAGUUACUCUCUUAAGAUAAUCAUGUGUUUCAAUUAAAAUGUUACCAGCUAAUAAUCAAGGGAGACAAAGACGAGAAACAGGAAUGUUUGAACAGGUGCUUUAGAGGCGAUGAGUUCAUUAAUGAGUGCACAUUCAACAAUGUACAGCCCUCUCCACCUCUGCUUACCCAACUAUUGUACAAAUCUGCCUGUAAAUCACACCCUCCUCAGCUUAGCGCAUAUCAGUGAAAGAACACAGUGUGUACUGUUAAGCCUGCCGCAGUCCUUAUCAGAAUGUCAGAAAUACAUAGAUAUAUAUUAAA